GACUUGAUCUGUGUUCUAGAGUCCUGGAGUGUCGGAGUGGGCGGGACCUCAGGGACCUCAUUUUGAAUAGUCCCUCGUUUUAUAGAUAAGUAGAAGGACACUCAUUCACUCAUUUAUUUAUUCAGUACAAAUAAAUUCAACACAAAUAAAUAAAUUCAAUGCAAAUAAAUAAAUACAUACAAAUAUAUAGAGUCCCUGAAAUAUGCCAGGCCUGGAGAGCAGAUCUGGGGACACAGAGAGUUUGGAGGGGCAAGGGGGGACUUCAUAGAGUCCCAGGGGGUUGUUUUGACCACUUGUUUAGUGGUAGAAAGAUUGCUAAUUACGCAUCAGUUUCCCGUUGCUGUGAAAUGAAUAGUUACAAAAUCUCCGUGGCAUAUAGGAAUAAACAUUUGAUUUAGGCAUGAACUAAUUCAUUUGAUUUAGGCAUCAACUAAUCUGGACUGGCCUUGGCUAAUCUCAGCUGGGCUUACUCGUGUAGCUUUGGUCCGCUGAAGAGGUCACCAUGUGGAGCAUGGCCGGGUUUGUUUACAUACCGGUGGUCAGUUGGAUGUUGGCUAACGUACAACAGGUUCAGCUGGAAAGGCUGGGAUGGCCAGGCCAUGUUCUGUGAGUCCCAUCCUCCAGUGGCCAGCCCAAGCUUGUCCUUCCUGUGGGAUCAGCAGAGGGCAAGCCGUGGUGCCAGGGCCUUUCCAACCUCUACGUGAGUCACCCUUGCGAACCUCUGAUUGGCCAAAUCAAGUCACAUGACUGAGCCCGACCCAGAGUGUGAAGCCACUAAGAAGGACGUGGCACAGGGUGAGCUGGGCAUAAAGAAAGGUGAAGAACAGAGGAUAUUUUUGUAUCAACGUACCGGAUAUGGGACAGAAUUAUGAACUCAGGCGUGGGCUCUGCCCCCCACGUGCGCAUCGACGGGCCAGAGGAUGGCGGGGUCCGCGUGCUGUGCACGGCCUCGGGCUGGUUCCCGAAGCCUCAGGUGCAGUGGAGGGACGUCAGCGGAGAGAGGUUCCUGGGCUUCUCCGAGGCCCACGCCCAGGACGCCGAGGAGCUGUUCAGUGUGGAGGCGGCGCUGGUGGUGAGAGACAGCUCUGUGGGGAACGUGACCUGCUCCGUCCUCAACCCCGUCCUGGGCCAGGAGAAGGCCACGGCCGUUUUCAUCCCAGAGCCCUUCUUCCCGCAGGCCUCUCCCUGGAAGCCAGCGUUCGCUGUGACCAUGGUCACGUUGGGUGUCCUGCUGUUCGGGGCUGGAUAUUUUAUUCAGAGAGAACGCGCCACAAAGUUGCAGGAGCGGCAGGAAGGGGAGAAGCUGCGCCGGGAGAAGGAGGAGGACCGGAAGGCAAGGGAGCAGGCGCGGAAGGCAGGCGAUGAACUCCAGGCAGAUCUCGAGAGGAGGAAGGACGCUUACAUGGUGGCCUGGAGGAAGGCCCAGCUGUAUGCAGAUUGGCGGACGGAACAGUUCCAGGCCUGGUCUGUCACUCUGAAUGCAGGCUCUGCCCAUUCCAACCUGGCCAUCUCUCAGGACAAAAAGAGUGUGACCUUGAGGGACACCUGUGGUGAUUUACAGGGCAUCUUCAGUGUCUUGGGCCUCGAGGGCAUCCCGGCAGGGCGACGUUACUGGGAGGUGGAGGUCAGGCAUGGAGACAACUGUAGGUGGGCUCUGGGGGUCUGUAGGGAAGAUGUGAAACGUACAGAGUGGCACAGAGAGUGUCCAGAAAAGGGGUUCUGGGUUAUGGGGCAGUAUGGUGACGGAUAUUGGGCCUGUACUAGUCCUGACACUGAGCUGCGCCUUAGGCAGGCUCCCCAUAGAGUGGGAGUUUUCCUGGACUACAGCGAAGGGGAUGUCUCCUUCUAUAACAUGACUGAUGGCUCCCAUAUUUUCUCCUUCCCUCCAGCUUCCUUCUCUGGGACGCUCUUUCCAUACUUCAGGCUUAUGUCAGGAGAUGUGUCCCUGACCCUCUGCUCCGUGGUGGGUGGGCCCAAGGGGCUCCCUGUGCCCCAUCACAUUUCUUCUUCUCUGGAGGAGCCGGAGAGCUCCCCGGGGGAGGGGUUCGGCUCAGGCUCAGGUGUUGGUGGUGCUCCCCCAGGGGUGGAGUCGCCACUGCUCCCCUGCGGCCCUGAGGCUGUGCCCGUCUAGGGCCAUCACAGUCCCUGACCCCUCCCUGUGUGGUUCUUCUGGGAGCUGCAAACCUCUGAGCUGAGCCCUGGGCGGCCCUGGGAGCCUCGUGCUGUUCUGAGUGCAGAGCCCGGGCAGGUGGUUAUGAAGACAGUCGGUCCGUGCCUGUGUUCAGAUCGCAGAAGAUAACAGUUGACUGUUGUUGGAACUGGUCUGUGGCAGGCUGAGUUUAACCAGGAGAAGUCAUUGUUCUUUUGAUAUUAAAAAAUAUUUCAGCUUUGCGCAAUGGCAGUAUUAUAGCCAAUGAGGUUUAUCUGAGGUGCAUCAUUGUUAAUUGAAAACUUUUCACAGUACCCCACAGUGACAACUUGCAAUAUGGUCAGCACUGGCAAUUUUUGAUUGUUCCUACGGGGACUGAUUUAAAAAAAAACAAGAGAAAGAAACAAAUAUUUCAUGGGGCUUUUAUACUGUUUGGGUAUGAAAGGGCUGAGGGCUGAAUUCCUCUGUAGAAUAAAGGGGAAUUCACUUUAUCUAACCUGCGUUUGUGCAGAGGCCCCAGCGGCUGGGGUGGUCGAGUUUGGAU